GCGUCCGCCGUGUUAGCCACAACAGAGAAUAUACAAAGGAUCUUCCAGAGAUCAGGACGCACCAUCAUGGCCCGUAUGUUAGUGCCACCAUCGGUGGGCAUCGGUGCCCGUAGCUGGACCUUGUGCGGAGCAGUCCUUUUGUUCGUCCUGCCGCUGAUACCCACGCCGGAGGCACUGCAGCACACAGAGGAGGGCCUGGAGAUGCUCUUCCGUGAGCGCUCCCAAUCGGACUGGGAGAAUGUGUGGCACCAGGAGGCACACUCUCGCUGCCGAGACAAGCUCGUCCGUCAGCUAUAUUGGGCCUGCGAAAAGGAUAUUUACCGGCUGACACGACGCAACAAGAAAAGGACAGGGAACGAUGAGUCCUGGCUCAAAAAGAGCCCCACGGAUCCAAAUGGCUCCACCUGGCUGCAUGUGAACUAUGCAAACAUGUUCCUCAGAAGUCGUCGGUCGGAUGCUCCGUCCAUUACAAAUGAAUGUUGCACCAAGACGGGUUGUACCUGGGAAGAGUACGCCGAGUAUUGUCCAUCCAAUAAGCGACGCAAUCACUACUGAAUUACCAAAAUUUCCAU